AUGUCUUUCUUCCGCUUCGAAGACAACCAGAACAUGGCCAACAGUGGUGUCCUGCCGUUGACACCCGAAAGCAACAAAUCGCCGAUAUCCUCGUGCAGCUGGAACGAUUAUGGCUACCAUCAGCCGAUCGGUACCACGCUGACCAAUUCAUGGAGCAGCGAUACGACUCGAUGGAUCGGAGAACCGAUGCCCGGUCAGAUGGAGAACAAUCUGAAGACCGAGGAGUCGAGCCCGAGUUCCAGUGACAACUGUCAAGUAUCCAGGCAAGAACCGCAGAGGAAGCAGAACAACAAGAAACGCUGCCGUACUGCGUACACCAGUGCUCAGCUCGCGCAACUGGAAAAGGAAUUCCAGAGCGCGCGCUACUUGUGCCGGCCUCGGAGGAUCGAGAUGGCGUUGACGCUCGGGCUGACCGAGCGCCAAAUAAAAAUCUGGUUCCAAAAUCGUCGCAUGAAGUACAAGAAGGAGCAGAAUGCGACGAACGGGAAUCCAUCGAAAAACGGAGCCCGAAGAACGCCAACGAAAACGAACCCGACUCCACCGACUGCAAAGCUCCAGAACGAGGCCUGCCUGGAGCCCGUCAUUGGUUCGAGCAACGUGCCAACGGUCCCAUCGCUGCAGCACCAGGAACACGAGCAAUAUGGCGGCCAGGAGUACUCGCAAGCUGCAACGGUGACCAACAACACCGUGCAGCAGCAGAGCUUCGCGCCAUGGGCCAACGAAACGUUCUUCGAUCACCGAAGCAACGUUUGCCAGGGAUCGCUGCAGCAAAUUGCAAACCAGUUCCCCCAGCAACAGCAACAGGUUUGCAAUUAUCUGGGACAUUGGGACGAACUGAACCAAUAUCCGCAUCAGACGGACGGGUAUGGGCUCCAUUCGUACGAUGCAGAUAUGAGCAAUUGCGUGACCCUUAACCCAGAGACCUUCGCUGCGAAUCUGGACAAUAAUCUGCUGGAAAAUUUCAACGAUUUAUCCGGCUGCGCCAACUUCAAUGCUUGGGCUUUUCAAAAUUCCGACACGCAAAACACGGUCAACAGGAGUUUCGAUGAAAUCGUUCGUAGUAGCAUCUCGUUAGAUUAUUUCUAA